AAAUUUUAGGAUAAGAAUAACAAGUGACACACAGUUCGAUCAGACGGAGGUAGGAAGUAGUAACGCACAGACGUUGUGACCGUAUAUCCGUUGUAAAGGGGAAGAAAAUUGUGUUAGUGUAUUUAAAAUGAAUACCAAGAAAAGUAAAAGUAAAAAUCGACUGAAACCACCGAAAUCACCAGAACACGUACCAGAUACGACUAGGAUUGAAACUUUUAGUACUGUUGAAGUUAAUCUUAAUAUUGAAAAUGUUGACAAGUGUGAAAAUGCUAAUAAAGAAGAAGUAAAAAUUCCAGAGCCUGCUAUUAAAACCGAACAAAUACCUAAAGUUGACGAACAGUUAGGUAUUGACGCUCCAAAAAAACCGAAACGAAGUAAAGCUAAAAAGAAACAAGAAACGAGCGUCGAACCAACGGAAAGUGACAGUAAAUUAAAUGUAAGUAUUGCAACAGAUGUUCAAAAAGAUGAAAACGUUGAAAAAACGACGAAAGAAACUAUCGUACCAGUUGCUCGUAAGAAGAAAAAAAGUAAGAAAAACACUGAACAGCAAAAGUUUGAUAACGAGUCACAAAUUGAAGGGAAACCCCAAGCUUUAGAAAUUGAUAACAAAACAAAAGAAAAACAAAUAAUAACUCCGAAAACUGAAGAACAAAUAGACCAAAAAGAAGCUUUAGAGGCAGAAACACUCAAGACACCUGAAGUUAUACAAAAAGAUUCAACAAAUUCUAAGAAAAAGAAGAAAAAGAAACAUCGUCAUGAUUCAGACAAAUCUGAUGUUAUAGAUCCUUGUACACUAGCCUUUCAAAAAUUAUUAGAGCCAUCAGUUGUUGCAAGUGAAAAAAUUCAAAAUGAAAACUUGCCGGUGGACAGUACAACUAGGGCAGAAGACUCUGCGACUCCUGUACUGGAAAUACCUACCUGUUUCAAAGAGAAAGAAAAAGAUGAAACACCAAAAAGUAAGAAGAAAAAUAAAAAAGGUAAAAAAACAUUGGAUACAGAAACAAAUGCCUGUAAAGAAAAUGAACCAGAACAUGAAGAGCUUAAUGUUACUACGGAAGAAGAUAUGGAAUUAGAAACUACUUGUAAUGAACAGAUUUCUAAACAGAAACCAAAAAUCAUAAAACCUGUUCAAAAGAAACGAAAAACAAAAUCAGAAUCUCAAGAAGUAAGUACGUCUAUCUCAGAAAAUAUAUGUGAGAAGAAGUCUGAUGAGAAUGUUGGAGUUAUACUUGAUAAAACAGAAAAAUCUAUUAAAAGUGAGGUAGAAGAAAAACAAAAAGGUGAUAAUGUUUUAAAAGCCGAGUCUUCUACGUUUGUAGAAAUAAAUUCAAAAAAUAAUUUGUCAGAAAUAAAAAAUGAAACAUUAUCUAUAACAUCUGGUAAAAUUGAUAAUAGCAGUGAUAUCAAUAACCCUGAAGAUUUUUUUUCAAUUGAGACUGACGAUAAAAAUGAACAACAAAAUGUUGUUAGUGAAAAAGUAGUUGAAUUUACUGAGAAUAAAGAAAUUCAACAAGAAAAAAUUGUGACAGAAACUGAAAAAGAAUCAGAUAACUUAGGAUUCCUAGAAGUUAAAACAGGCAAAAACAAGAAAAAACGACCACAAAAAGUCGAGUCUGUACCUGAAAUUGUCAAAUCAGUUGAUGCUACAGUAUCAAAAAUCACUGAAGAAGUCGAACCCUUAAAAAGUAAGAAUAAAAAAGAUGAUUCUAAGCCAGGUGAACCUAAAAAGGAUGAACCCGAGAAACUCGAAUCUAAAAAUGACCAACCCGAGAAAGAAAUAAAACAAGACAAGGAUUCAAAAGAAUCACUAAGUGAUACUCACCAGGUAGAUUUUGAUAUCAGUAGCGUUAAGUCAGAAGAAUGUGAAGUUUUAAGUAUCGCAACACCAGAUUUGAUCCAGUACCCUAGAUCAACAAGUCAACAGGAUUUAGACAAUAACAACAAUACUUUUAUUAAGGAAAUAACAACACCAGGUGAAAUUAAAUUGGGUAUUCCAAUUUAUACUGCAACACCUAUCGUUCAAGGAUCUGGUGAGUCACCAGAUUCACUACUUGAUGAACCCAUUCCAAUUAAAGCUACCAAAGUUGAGUCGAACACAAGUACUUCAAAUAACGAUAAAAAUGAUAUUAAAUCUAGAAUUUUUGAAGUAAACAAAGACAUGGAAGAGCUAAGGCGGUCGAUCGAAAAGUCAUUAGCAGAAUUGACCGGCGCUGAAAAAUGUGAUAGUGAAGUAGAUAAGGAAUUCGAGGAACUGUUUCAAGAACAAGCUAAAGAAACAGAAUCAGCUGGACCGGAAGAGAAGUUAAAAAGUUUUCAAAAACCAGAAAAUAUAGCAACACAAUCUGAUGACAAAGUAAAAGAAGAAAAUAGUGAAAAUAUUGAUAUAACAAAGCCAAAAGAUGAAAAUAUCAGUGUAAUAAACAAGGAAAAGCACAUUAAGCCUGAAAAAAUAGAUUCAAUGACGCAACAAAUAUGUAUAGAAGAUAAUUCUCAAAAUUCUGAAGAAAGAACUGAUGUGAAAAAUCCCGUUCCUACUUGUCCAGCUAGAAAUAAGGGUAAAAGCAAGUCAAAGAAGAAAGGUAAAAAGGAACCUGUUUCUAGCAGUGUUAGUUGUUCCACGACUCAAUCUGACACUACUAAAGAAUCUUCAAAGCCUUCUCAAUCAAAUACAGAAAAAAGUGAUCAAAAACAGCAAUCAACCAAUGAAAAAGGAAAACAAAAAUCAACAGCUCCCAACGACGAUAGUGAGGCUGACUCAAAACAGCUCAAGUUAGAUCUAUCAUACGAACCAAUAGAAAAUUUUGAGGACGCUCUGACAUCGAGUGUAGAUGACGUCAACAAAACCUUCGAAAUUAUUGCAAAUGAAGCAACCAAAUCGCUGAGUCAGAAUAAUCCACAAAUAAAUAUAAUAGCUCCAAUAGAGGAUACAGAAGAAGGUGAAAAAGAUAAAAAGCAAAAAGAAAAUCCAGCAUCGCAGCCAAAAAACUUAUUAGGAAAACCCAUCAUCCCUGCGUCAUCGAAUAAAAACGAUUUCAAAAAAGAGAAAAAUAAACCUCCCAGUACAAUACAAGCUAAAGUUAAGAUAAAAGAUGCUGUAGAAAUCGAAAAACCAACGAACAAAGAAUUAAAAGAAUCUCAAACAACGAAGAAGUUGAUUAAAGAAACGAACGGAAUUGACACUUUUUCUUACUUAUCAGACACGAAUGAAGAUUUAGUGUAUAAGUACAGUUUCCGUAAAGUAUUUCUGCAAAGUUCUUGUCAUUUUUGUAAGAGAGAGUUAACGCACCGAUUUCCGUGCAAGUUUUGCUCGUUAGUUUUCUACUGCAGUCAAAAACAUUUAGAUGAAGACUGGGCGAAGCAUCAAUUCUUGUGUUUUGCUGUUUCUACAAUUGCUCAUCUAAAAGAUCAAAAAUACAUUUAUGCGGACAUUCAAGAUAUCACUGGACAAGAUUACCGAAUUCUCAGAAUGCAAAUGAUCCUGUCGUGUGAGAAGAUAUUGAAACGGAAGCUGGUCCCUUGGGAGCAAGAAGCUCUUCUGUACCCAAGACUAUGUGCUGAUCCCAGCUGCAGGCAAUGGAAACAAAGGAUGCUUAAAGACUGCGAUGGAUGUGGUCAGAUAUCUUACUGUAUAGAUUAUCCAGAACAUCUGCCAGUGUGGCAUCAGCGGUGGUGUAAGUCCUACGUAUUAUACCGGAAACUGGUGAACUAUCAGCAAACAAAGGGCAGAUUAGAACCUAGACUACCCACUAAAGUCCUUAAUAGUUAUAAAAUACCUGAGAAAAUGAACGAGGUGCUUGGAAUAAUGUAUGAGGAAAAAAUUGACAUGGACGACAUCCAGUACGCAGCGCUGACUCAGCUCGCCUCAGCGCCGCUCACAGCUGCCUACAGCUACCAGUUCUACAGCAGCAAGAUGAACUCAACAUACGCCAAUGGAACAACAAAGAAGUCCACGUUCACAAUUCACGCAGUCGGAACUGAUCUUCAGUUCGAAGCUGACUCCCUCAACAAGUGGGAAAUAUUCUUCUUACACCUGCGACCAGACGUGCAGGAUCUGAGGGUUAUUCUGAUCGGACAGGACUUGAACCCAUCGAAUCUGCCGCUGGAUUUGCUUGGAAAGAUAAAGUUGUGUGAGAACUGCCGUACAAACAAACGUCGUGUGAUAUUUCAUUUCCACGAUAAGGAAACAUACUGCGACUACUACUCCAGCGACGAUUUCAUCACUCCUGAUAUUGUUUGCGCUUUCAACCCGAACAUACACAGAUCCAGUUUAUACAAUAUUGAAGAUAUUUGGCCAACAACUAUAAACAGCAUUCUGAAGCAAAAAGUACCGUUCGUCAUAACAUCCUAUACCAUGGAAGAGUUAGAAAGAGAUAUGUCGAGAGUGAAAGAGACGGCGAGAUACGAUUUUAACGUAAUUUUGGAACCUAAACACAAUCCCUUUAGCAGCAUGAGACCUGAUAGAAAUUUUAUAACAGACCACGAAAUUCCCUUGUUGUUUAAAAAUUACUGUUACACGUUACUGUGUGGUGCGUUUUAAAUGUUUGUAGUGUUUUGUUAUUUAUUUUGAAUAAAACCAUUGUAUGAA